AUGGGUAAAGACUACUACUCUAUCCUUGGCGUUCCAAAGACUGCCACUGAAGACGAAAUCAAGAAAGCUUACCGUAAACAAGCACUCAAAUGGCACCCUGAUAGAAACAAGGAUAAAAUUGACGUGGCCAAAGCAAAAUUCCAAGAAAUUGGUGAAGCUUUUGAAGUACUCAGCGAUAAAGACAAGCGUACAAUUUACGACCAAUACGGUGAAGAAGGUCUCAAGGCUGGUCCUCCUCCGCCUGGUGGUGCCGGUGGUGCCGGUGGAUUCCCUGGUGGUGCCGGAUUCGGCUUCCCUGGCGGUAUGGGUGACGAUGACUAUGAUUCAUUUGGUGGAGCACCCGGAGGUUUUUCAUUUGGCAGUGGCGGUGGCGGCCAAAGGUUCAAACAGCGGCAAAGUUCCGCUAAACCCCCGGCAAUCAAGCGUAUCUUGCCAAUCUCACUUGAAGACCUCUACAAGGGCACAACCAAGCGUCUCAAGGUCACACGCAAAUUACGAGAUGGCGCCAGUGGAAAAUAUGUCACGGCUGAGAAGAUCCUGACAGUUAAUGUUAAACCUGGCUGGAAGGCAGGAACAAAAAUCCGAUUUCCCAACGAAGGUGACGAGCUUCCUAAUGGACAACAGCAAGACAUUGAGUUUGUCGUCGAAGAAAAACCCCACCCGAUAUAUACUCGUGAAGGCGAUUCAUUACGCAUGACUAUUCAAUUGACUCUUGCUGAAGCAUUGGCAGGGUUCUCAAAGCACAUCAAGACACUGGACGGUCGCACUCUUGGAGUAAACAACUCAAACUCUGUAGUUCAUCCAGGACAAGAGUCGCGCGUUCGCGGAGAGGGUAUGCCAAAUUCAAAGACUGGUGCAAAGGGCGAUCUUAUAAUCAAAUACGAUGUCAAGUUCCCUGCUCGUUUGACAGAUGAACAGAAGGAGGGUAUCAAAAAACUGCUUGCAUAA